AUAGGCAACGUACAUGAAGAUAAGAAUAGUUCGCCAUCUACCUGGAUAUUCCUGCCAUGACAGAGAGGGUGCAAUCCGCAAAAGCGGAUUUGGCCGGAAUGCGAGUUGGGUCGCCACCGUCAGCUGAGAGGAUUAAAUGUCCCAGUAUCUACCAGUGAAGAGGCAGCUCUCUUAUAGUGUUGAGUUAUUUUUUCCCACUCUUACACCCACCACCGACCCAGUCUAGCAAUUAUUUACAAAUUCAUUUCCUUAAGGAGGCUGAUUUCACAUUAAAUCUAGAUAUGUUUGCGAAACGCCCCUCCAUGAAAGAAAAGCCAAGAGCCAUCUUUCCAGUUCCUACGAUGCGUAACAUUUGUGCUUCCCUACAAUUUCGACCUUUCUUUUCUUCUUCUAGACAUGAAUAAUACAUUGGGGAAAAAUAAGAGAACAUUGUGAUAUAUUUUAUCGAGCUCAAGGGUUUCUCGAACGUUAUUCCAACGCAGCUUUGCCGUGAAGCACGUAGUGUCAUAUCUGGAGCGUUUGCUUAGGCUGGAUUUUAUUAGUUAGUAGAAAGACUUUGAUUCCUCAUGAUAACCAUGUACGAUCACCACACGAGGAUUUUCAGGAUUGUGAAUUGGGAUCUUUUCCCAGCAAUCAUCUGGUUUAAUUUAGCAUAUUUGGUGGUAAACUUUUCAUCGAUUUGUUCGAUUUUGAUGGUUGCUGCCGGAUUUUCACAAUUGGUUCGCGUCUACUACGAUUCUCUUUCCAUCGCACCAAAAGGGAAAGGAGUGGUAAUCACGGGAUGCGAUUCUGGUUUCGGACAUCAGUUAGCAGAAAAAUUACAUUCGAUGGAUUUCCACGUCUACGCUUGUUGCUUGGAUGAAAAAAGCAGAGGAUCUUUGAUUCUGCAUAGCAUAGGAAAAAUUACCGGUCGAUUGCAUGUUAUUCACAUGGACGUUAACAGCCAGAAAGAUGUCGACAACGCUCGCCAUUAUGUGGAAAACUGUCUUCCGGAACAUGGGCUAUGGGCUAUUGUUAACAAUGCCGACCGCUACGACGUCGGAUUUUUGGAAUGGCUUCCAGUUGAAACCUACGAAACGCUCGCGUCGGUGAAUUUGUUUGGUGCCAUCCGAGUGACGAAAGCUUUUUUACCACUGGUCCGCAACAGCAGAGGAAGGAUAGUUAAUGUUUCCUCCAUCCUGGGUCGCGUGGCAGCUCCGUUCUUGGGUGCUUACUGUAUUACUAAACACGGAAUUAAUGCAUUCUCCGACGUCCUCCGGCUCGAGAUGAAAUCUUUCGAUGUUCACGUUAUUACCGUUGAGCCAGGCAAUUACCUUUCAUCCGCCAACAGCGAUUCCUGCAAAGAGGAUUUGGUUCUUAUGGCGAGACAUAUGUGGAACAGAUUGGACGGGUCUCUUCAGAAAGACUAUGAAAGAGACAGUUUAGAGAGACAACUUCGAAUCGGUGAAUUACUUCUAGAACUAUCGAAACGAAACGGCGGUUUUGUUACAAACGCAAUGACUGAAGCGCUUUACAGAGUACAUCCUAAGAACCGCUAUUUGGAAACUUCGAUGUUCGACAAGUUCUUGACUAUUAUGAUUUAUUUCUUGCCUACUUCCUUGAUUGACCGGCUGAGACUCAUGUUCCACGCUAACUUACUAAGUGUUAAUCGUUAAGGCUUGCAUCUAAUCUUGUUUACCUGUUAAUUCUGUGACAAAACGUAGUAAUUAGUUUCUUAACCACUGGCACCCCAGUUUAGAGGUGCCAAUUGCAACUUCCGCGUAAGAAAUUUACUGUUCUUGUUGACUGGAUCGUAAAGAAGAUUUUUUUUUCUAUUCAAUAAUCCAAAUUCAUUAACAUGGAAAAUAGUUCUUCUACAAAAUAAAUGCAAUAAAGGCAAUACAUACAGAUUCGAUACCUGUAGAAACGGAAUUCGUUUUAAAAAGAUGGACUUGCAUUCAAAGUACAGGAAUGACUCCAUAAAACG